AUGUCAUUCUAUCCUCCUGGCUGGGACUACGAGCGCGUGAUGAACUGCGCGGCCGAGGAUUUCGAGACUCUCACCGAGGAACAACACACCACCCUGUUGAACGGCCUCAAGGAGGCAGGCCUAUACCAGGCUUUCGCAGAUAAAGUGCACAAGGGAGUCAGGGAGGCCCUAGAGGCCCAACGGCUGGCGGAAGAAGCCACCAAAACAGACGAGCAGAAACUUGCAGAUCGCGAAAUCUGGGCUCCCUACAUCGACACCCUGAAGAAUGUCUUCAAAUUCCACCAAGGUGGAUGGUCGGAAUGGGGGUUUGUGAUAUUCCGCGCUACACCGUACGGGCCCGAGCAUGAUGCCCGGUGGGCCGAAUAUCGCCGGCGCUGGGACCAGAUCAUUGAGGAUGAUUAUGCGGACGAGCGCGGGUUUCAUCCCAAGUCAGAUCGGGCUAUUGAAUUGCUGCGGUUUCGUUGGGUGGAGGAUCCCUCAUUGGACUGCGCGUCGCCGGUUGAGGUUGCUCGGCGCUUCGACGAGAUGUGGAGGGAGCUUCCGUGUGGACUUGCCACCACGGCCUGUCUUAUGGUCACUCCUGCGGCUCUGGAGUCGGUCUUCAACUCACCACUUCCCUCGUCGGCGCCCUUGAGAGAUCGGGAGCAGCUCCCCUUUGUGGUUGCGGUCUCGAGGGCUGCUCAUUAUCCACGAUCUGAGCUCACGCCUGGAGAAGAAGAUGAAGAUGUUUUUGGUCGGGAUUUCAAAGGCUACUUCAAUGUCGCAGUUGAGAGCCUUUUAAAAGAAUUCUAUCCCAUUGUCGCCUUGGACAUCAUGGACCUACCUAGACUGACAGUUGGGAUGCGACAUGAGAAGGAUAUUUGGUGCCAUGGGCAUCGGGGAGGUGUACGCCACUACGUGGCAGAGCCCUGA